AAAAGAUCAGCCCUUGCGAACUCUCCAGAGUUCGAUCACCGGCUCGCCCUACUCUCCUGCGUUCGUUCCUUUCGAGUCUCGGCUCUCCAUUUCCUUCUUCUUUCCAAUAAGAGGAGAAAGAAAUUGAAGGGAGGACGAGCAGGAGGAGGAAGAUUAGGCAUGGAGACUGGUGGAGGGAACUCGCUUCCAGGCGUGGGCCAGGACGCGACGAAGCGGAAGGUGUGCUACUUCUACGACCCGGAAAUCGGGAACUACUACUACGGGCAGGGACAUCCGAUGAAGCCCCACCGGAUUCGGAUGACGCAUGCGUUGCUCGCCCACUACGGCCUCCUGGGCAACUUGCAGGUCUACAAGCCUAAUCCCGCCCGCGACCGCGACCUCUGCCGCUUCCACGCUGACGACUAUGUCGCCUUCCUCCGUUCCAUUAGCCCGGAGACCCAGCAGGACCAGAUGCGCGCCCUCAAGCGCUUCAAUGUCGGCGAGGACUGCCCCGUCUUCGAUGGCCUUUAUCCCUUCUGCCAGGCCUACGCCGGCGGCUCCGUUGGCGGCGCCGUCAAGCUCAACCACGGCCACGACAUCGCCAUCAACUGGGCCGGCGGCCUCCACCACGCCAAGAAGUGCGAGGCCUCCGGAUUUUGCUACGUCAACGACAUCGUUCUCGCCAUCCUCGAGCUCCUCAAGUACCAUGAGCGUGUGCUAUAUGUGGACAUUGAUAUCCAUCAUGGAGACGGGGUGGAGGAAGCCUUCUACACAACUGACAGGGUAAUGACAGUUUCAUUCCAUAAGUUUGGAGAUUACUUUCCUGGAACAGGAGACAUACGCGACAUUGGAUAUGGGAAAGGAAAAUAUUACUCUCUGAAUGUUCCUUUAGAUGAUGGAAUAGAUGAUGAGAGUUAUCAAUCUCUCUUCAAACCCAUAAUGGGAAAAGUGAUGGAAGUUUUUCGGCCUGGUGCUGUGGUACUUCAAUGUGGUGCUGAUUCAUUAUCUGGGGACAGGUUGGGCUGUUUUAACCUUUCCAUCAGAGGCCAUGCAGAGUGUGUGAAAUAUAUGAGAUCUUUCAAUGUGCCACUAUUGUUGCUAGGUGGUGGUGGAUAUACUAUCAGGAAUGUUGCUCGCUGUUGGUGCUAUGAGACAGGAGUUGCACUUGGAGUAGAAGUUGAUGACAAGAUGCCUCCGCAUGAAUAUUAUGAGUAUUUUGGUCCAGAUUAUACUCUCCAUGUUGCACCAAGUAAUAUGGAGAACAAAAAUUCACGACAGCAAUUGGAUGAGAUAAGAGCAAGGCUUCUAGAUAAUCUUUCAAAGAUUCGACAUGCUCCUAGUGUCCAAUUUCAAGAACGGCCACCUGAUACAGAGUUCCCAGAGCAAGAUGAAGAUCAAGAGGACCCAGAUGAAAGACAUGAUCCAGCUUCUGAUAUGGAUGUGGAUGGUUCCAAGCAUCCAGAUGAGACUUCUCGGAAACCUUGUUCAAAUAAUAUCCAGAAUGUGAGAAUCAAGAAGGAAAAUAUGGAAUGUGAACCAAAAGAUCAGGAAGCUCAGAAAGUUGGUGGAGAUCAUGCCAAAGUCGUGGAACCCAUGGCCGAGGAUGUCUCAGGCCCCAAGGCUUCAGAUGUUAGUUCCAUGGCCAUAGACGAACCUGGGAGUGUGAAGGCCGAGCAGCAGGACACUCAAAAUAAGUUGUCUGAAACGCCUGUAUUUGCACACCAAAAACCCUGAGCACAUACUAGUAGUAGUGUUUGCUCUGUGUGCGGACUAAUGACUUUGAUAGAUUUCAUAUGUCGAUUCGUAUCAUUCUUAGCCAAUCUGGAAGCAAUUGCUUGGAAGCUGGUAUCGCAAAGUUCAAGUUAAGUCUUAUUUAAAUUAUUGCCAUCCUACAUUGGAACACAAUUUGCCGUGUAAUUUGACUUUGAAUCUACUUGUACAGUCAAUAGAACGAUCCUCUGCUAUUGGGAUCUCCUUGAAAAUAA